AUGUCUUUAGAAAACUACACAAAGCUUGAAAAGAUCGGAGAAGGUACAUAUGGUGUGGUGUACAAGGCGCGAGACUUGUCUACAGGUAAUUUCGUAGCGUUGAAGAAGAUUCGUCUUGAAGCGGAAGAUGAAGGUGUUCCUUCUACGUCUAUCAGGGAGAUCAGUUUAUUGAAGGAGUUAAGUAAAGAUGAUAACAUUGUCAAACUACUCGAUAUCGUUCACUCAGAUUCUAAACUCUACUUGGUCUUUGAAUUUCUCGAUAUGGACUUGAAGAAAUAUAUGGAUACUAUUGGUGAUAAAGAUGGUCUUGGCUCCAACAUGGUGAAGAAAUUCACAUAUCAACUGGUCAAAGGUCUUUACUAUUGUCAUGCCCAUCGAAUCCUUCACAGAGAUUUGAAACCUCAAAAUCUGUUGAUCAACAAAGAAGGUAAUUUGAAAAUCGCUGAUUUCGGUUUAGCGAGAGCUUUCGGUAUUCCUUUGAGGACUUAUACUCAUGAGGUCGUCACCCUCUGGUACAGAGCCCCAGAAGUUCUGCUCGGUUCGAGACAUUACUCUACAGCUAUCGAUAUGUGGUCGGUGGGAUGUAUCUUUGCGGAAAUGGCAAUGCGUCAACCUCUUUUCCCCGGUGAUUCAGAAAUUGAUGAGAUCUUCAGGAUUUUCCGAGUAUUAGGAACACCCGAUGAAGAAGUGUGGCCCGGAGUCAAAUCUUUACCGGACUAUAAACCAACUUUCCCUCAAUGGAAUCCUGUAGAUUUGAAAUCUUCAGUCAAGGGAUUAGAUGAGAAUGGAUUAGAUCUAUUAGCUCAAACGUUAAUCUACGAUCCUGCUCAUAGGAUCUCUGCUAAACGAGCAUUACAACAUCCUUAUUUCACUUCUACUUAUCCUGCUUAA